UAAUUUGUAUGUGGUCUUAGUAGCUAGCUGUGCUGAAAGUCGUAUGUGCUUUGGAUGUCUUUAGUCUUUAGUAAAUUAUAGUUAAUUAUGUGCAAUCACCACAACAAAAAUAGUAACAAAAUUUCGUUACUCUCGCCAUAGUAAUGAAUUUUUCGCAAACUAUACUUUAUAAACACAUUAGAAGCGAGUAUCAGCGCCCCCCUAGUUUUGUACUAUUUUUAAUGCAUCGCACAUCUCUAUUAUCUCAUCUGUCUUUAGAAACCAAUUAAAAAACUGGUGACGUGGGCUCGAGGUUUUCGGGUGAGCUUCCUCCCGAGUUACAACACAGGUUUUCGGAUCCAGUUUCCGUGUAUUUUUCAGCUGGAUCUUUAUCAGGCAAUCCGGUUUAAGCAGUUCCACCAUUCGGCGGGGUUGGUUUGUUGUGAUUUUCCCACUUGUUUGCAAACGCCCCCGAACUCGGGACACCCAACAACCGGCUUCCACGCAACACAAUGAGGUGCAACCCCGGGAUUUUGCAACACAUUAUACUAUGUUAUAUUUGGAUUAUGUCCUUAUAAUAAUUAUGUUCAUUAUUAUAUUACCAUAAUUUGAUUUGAUUUAAUAUCAUGUUAUAUUAUAAUUGUACUAUAUUAUAAUAUUAUUAUAAUAUAUUGCACUAUAUGACACGGUUUUGAUUACUGGGUUAUCAAGGCCGUGUCCUAAUUGGUCCUCUCAUAAAAACAUGGAAAUGCAGUGCAUUAUAUUAUAUUAUAAUAUUAUAAAUAUAUGUAUAUAUAAAAUAAAAGUAUAUGUACGUGUGUGGUCCACAGAUAAGCUCCCACUUGCACAAAGAGCUAUGUCUCCCACUACUCAGAAGACACCAAUGGCUCUCUCUUCAAUGACAUUGCAGAAAAUCCUAGAUUUUCUUGUUUUCCUCCACCCCAGACACCCCAGUGUACUUACUACAGCUCCCAGUGCUCGGGAGACACCAAUGGCCCUCCCUCCAAUAACAUUGCAGGUUAUGGUGAGCACCAUGAAUAUGUCCGGGGACCAUUUCCUCCUAGAUUUUUUGUUUUUCCUCCACCCCAGACACCCCAGUGUACUUACUACAGCUCCCAGUGCUCGGGAGACACCAAUGGCCCUCUCUCCAAUGACAUUGCAGGUUAUGGUGAACGCCGUGAAUAUGUCCAGGGACCAUUUCCUCCUAGAUUUUCUGUUUUUCCUCCACCCCAGACACCCCAGUGUACUUACUACAGCUCCCAGUGCUCGGGAGACACCAAUGGCCCUCCCUCCAAUGACAUUGCAGGUUAUGGUGAGCGCCGUGAAUAUGUCCAGGGACCAUUUCCUCCUAGAUUUUCUGUUUUUCCUCCACCCCAGACACCCUAGUGUACUUACUAUAGCUCCCAGGGCUCAGGAGACACCAAUAGCCCUCCCUCCAAUGGCAUUGCAGGUUAUGGUGAGCACCGUGAACGUAUCUAAGAGCCCGGCCAAUGUCCUCCACAGACACCACACUGCCUACCACCCAAGUGAAGGCCAUUUCCUCCAAAAUUCUGUGUUUCCUCCACCACAGGCAUCCCAGUGUUUUUGACUCUCAUCAUUGGUGUGGAAUUUGCAUGUCUCCGCCCACUGCCCCUCCCUUAACACAGUAAACAGAGGAAUUGAUUGGCAACUGGACACACUAGAGAGCUUUGGGGAGAACUCAUGAUUUAUAGGAGUUGUAGGUACUGGGAUGUAUAGUUCACCUGCAACCUAAGGGCACUCUGCACUCCACCAGUGAUGGACCUGGAACUCACUUGGCACACAGAACCUCCAUGACCCACUCAACCUACUGGAGGAGUUUGAGGAGACUGACUCACCAGAGUGGGAGUUGUAGUUCACUCACAACCAGGGAUCCUGUGACCUCCACCAAUGAUGGACCUGGACCAAACAUGUCACACAGAACCCCCAUGAGUAACUCAACCUACUGGAAGGGUUUGGUGGGAACUGACUCACCAGAGUGGGAGUUGUAGUUCACUCACAACCAGGGAUCCUGUUAUCUUCAUGGAUGAUGGACCUGGACCAAACUUGUCACACAGAACCCCCACGAGUAACUCAACCUACUGGAGAAGUUUGAGGAGACUUGGGAGUUGUAGUCCACCCACAACCUCUACGAAUGAUGGGCCUGAACCAAAUCCGGGAGCACGCAUCGUGUUGCGUGGUGUUGUAUUAUCGUGGCCUUCUUCCUACCUUUUGGGGAUGGUGCAACCACCACGAGCAGUCGUGAUGUAACCCAAGAGAUAAGGGCAAUGGGUGGAAAAGUCCCUGAGCGGGACUGCGGUCCAGAAUGUUGUCAUUAGGACACAAAUCACAAACUCCUCACUCACGAACUCACUGAGCUGCUCGUCGGGUAAUUAGUGCCUUCUCCCGUGGGCGUCGCACAGGGUGUCUCUUCAAAACUUUGGGAAACCCAACCAAAGCUGAAGGACAUCUCCCGGCAUCUGGAGAGCUUCCUUGGUCCUCUUGCCUCCAACGGGAUGGAGCUGGCCUGGAGUCUGUGGGCACUGGCUCGGUCCCUGGGGGCCUGGGCUCUCUGCGGGUUGUUUGCGCGGGCCGUGUACUACAACCUGACCAGGACUCACCUCCCCCCGGGCAUCAAACAGCGCAACAGAGUCCGAUGGAUGACCCUCCUGAUGAACGUCCUGCUGGCGCUGGCCUUAGGGAUCGAGAAACUCGGCAUCUGUAGCCGUUACAAAAUCUGGCGACUAGUAAUGAACGGCAUCCCGCCGUUGGGAGAUUCGGGGCUGGUCAUUAAGGACUUGCGGUUCGAUGGGGUGCCGGUGCGGAUGUAUCAGUCCAAAUCCCGACCGUCAGAGAAGAGCAGGGCCAUCGUCUACAUCCCUGGAGGAGUCGGCCUGCUGGGAAGUAUCUCGGCGUAUGAAAGAGUGUGUCGCUACAUCGCCCGAGAAAGCGGGUUCGUGGUGGUGAGCGUUGGGUAUCGUUUGGCUCCUGAGCAUCUCUAUCCGGUCCCGUUGCUCGACUGCUGCACGGCCGUGAUCCACUUCUUGAAGCAUGCGGCGGAUUACGGAGUCGAUCCCGACCACGUCACCGUCGGAGGGGACAGCAGCGGAGGGACGUUCGCCACGGCAGUCUGCCAGCGUCUGACGGCGAGGAAAGACCUCCCGCGGAUCCGAGCGCAGGCCCUGCUCUACCCGUUCCUCCAAGCUGUGGACUUCAACUUGCCUUCUUACCAGCAAAACUGCUCCAUCCCGCCGUUGUUCAAGAAAAGGGCGGUGAAGCUCGGCUUAAUGUACCUGAUGGGGACGAGCGAGCACGUGGGCUAUCUCAUGAAGAACGCUCACAUGACCCGGGAUUUGCAGGCAAAGUACCAGAAAUGGAUCAGCGCGGACCACAUCCCGGACGAAUUCAAGGCCCGGGGCUACGUCCCGGCGGAGCCUUCUCCGUUUUGUGAGGCUCUCCCCCCGUUCUGCACGAAGGGCCUCGACCCCAUGUUUUCCCCGCUUUUAGCCGAAGACGAGACUCUCCGGCAGCUCCCGGAGGCGUUCCUAUUGACCUGCGAAUACGACGUCGUCCGAGACGACGGGCUGCUGUACAAGAAACGGCUCGAGGACAACGGCGUGCCGGUCACGUGGUGUCAUGUGAAGGACGGAUUCCACGGCAUCGCGUUCUUUGUUGACUACGGCCCGUUUGAUUUGCAAAUCUCGCGCAGUACUUUGAAUCACUUAAUACAGUUCUUGGAAGAUUUAUAGAGACAGAACAAGUGCCUUUCGAGCAAUACCAUUGCCGCGGUAUCGGUAACCAAAGCUCCGUAAAAAAUCUUUUCAUUCUCUGUCAUCGUGUAGAUGUCGAUAUUCAGUUGUCAGGUAGACGUAGACCAAAGCAGACAGUUAUUGCAGCAACGUGGGCGAGAGAGACCGGGAUUAGCUUAAUUAUAUGCGAGCAGCAUAAUUAUUAUUAUUAUGGUAUUUCAACCUCACAGUUUCUUUUCCUACCGGUUUUUGUAGUAAUUAGUAGUUUCUUCUGACGCCCGCUAAGCCGUUUUUGGAUUUUUGGAAACCACCGUUUACACCCCAUCCAAGCCUUGGAGCCUUUUCUGAUAUCCGGGUUGUGUCCACAUCAUUUUGUGUUGUUAUCCCAUCGACACGAUUUCUGAUAUCCGGGUUGUGUCCGCACCAUUUUGUGCCGUUAUCCCAUCGACACAAUUUCGAUUGAAGAUUUCGACACAUCGAUCACUGAGUAGUAGAAGCGUGCAAAAUUUCGAUCAAAGAUGUACCAAUACAAUCACUGAAUAGUAGAGGUGUGCAAAACACCCCAAAUCUGCUUCGGUUGCAUUUACACAAACCGGGCAACACCCCAUUUUUGUUUCUAAAGUGUUUUACAAAAUUCGUAAGCAACGCGUUCGAUAAUACAAAAUUCCGAAAAUUUCGUUAUUGUUUCAUUUCGUUAUUCGCCCACUCGUGCCGGUGAAUUGUACUUCCUCAUGUUCUUCGCACGCCGCCAGAAGUUUUUUAUGGCAUCAUAAAUGAAGUUAAAUUGGCCUCCACACAUUAAGCGGUACCUAGAAUAAUCCACUUAUAGACACAGCUGUUUUUGAGCUGUUUAGGUGGGCAGCAAGCUAGGCUAUUAAUGGUCAAGAGCUCAACCCCAACCCGGGCUUCGAACCAACAACCUCUCUGUCAGCAGUGAUUUAUUGCUGCUGGCUACUAACCAGCUGCGCCACAGCCCGGCCCAAAAAAUCAUUAAAAAAUCAUUAAUUUUUUUUCAAGUACGAUUUGUAUUAUUCACAUAUCGCUUUACUGUGCUUAUUCUUCCCAAUCGUACAAGAAAUAAUGUUGGAAGUCCCACGCUUGGGAGAGAGAACACCUCCGUAUAUGUAUAUUAUAUUAUUAUUACACUAUAUCAAAAUUUGAAAAGAAAUAUCUGUUCCUGAAUCGGUUGAGACUUGAUGGAGUAUUCAUUGAAAAACUGUCUUCAGCUCGGGAGCGACUCCGCUUCCUCUUUGCCUUCUUUGGCCUCUUUGUUGGCAUCGUCCCUUUUGAGAAGAGAGAAGAGAGGGAAGCGGAUAAGUAUUUCUUCUCAUCCUUUUCUCGUUGUUUCCUUCCCCCUUUCUUUCUCCCUUUCUUCUCUUCCCUCUCUCUCCGGUUCUUAUUUCCCCAGCAUUAAAAUACUAAAACUCAAUCAAAAGUGAGAAGUAAAGUAAUCAAAAAGUAUUGGAGAACAAUCCAUAUGGAAUGCAAAUAUUUUUUUAAAAAAAAAUGAUUGUAAACCAGAAUAUUAUUUAUUAGCAUUAUAUAACUUUUAAGAAGGGAGAGAUACGAUUUCACAGAAAGAAAAAGAUAAUAAGAAGCAAAUCUUUACUUAUGUUGUAACUGCAGCCAGAAGAGUAUUAGCGAGAAAUUGGAAAGGGAGGGAAAGCCCUACUAAAGAAUUGUGGUUAGAGAAGCUAAUGGACAUUGAAAAUAUGGACAGACUGACUUUUUUGAUUAAAAAAUCUACAUUAUAUUUAC